AUGGGAAGGGCGCAGGCCCUUGAACUCAGGCUGUGGGUUGCAUCUCACUGCCCCCCUUCACCACUUGCUCUGGAUAACGGGGCUGUGACUUGGGAAGACCCCAGCUGGAAAAUCCUCUGCUGCUUGGACAGCUUUCCUCCUGCUGAAACCAUUGCCUUCCCCUCGUCCUUUGCCCCACUUCUUCACCCCCAAAGGGCUGCCGCCUGGAGACCACACAAGCCCUCGCUGAAGCACGGCUCCCUCCCCGCUCAGACUGGUGUAAUGUUGGACACAGAGCCCUUCUGGGCCAGGUCACGUGGCGGCACCUCUCCCAUCCCUCUUCUGCUGCCACAGCCUCCGCUGUCCCCCUGA